GUCACCACACACUCUUGCACCAUGAUACCGACUUCUAGUGCACAGGUUGCGCUCUCGUGAUCUUGCCCAGGCCGUUCUCCGCAAGCCUAUGGUGUCGCCAGCGUUGUUUUCGAGUCCGAUAAGCACAUGAAUCCCACAGCUAAGAAUGACAAACAAUGAAUAUGAAGCGUUCGCGAAAGCGAUAUCUCGAGUGCUUGGGUGGCUUUACUUCUUAUGCUGGAGCGCAUCGUUCUACCCACAACCCAUCUCCAACUACCUUCGCCAGUCCACCAUCGGCCUCUCCUUCGACUUCCCAACCCUCAACAUCCUAGGCUUUUGGUGUUAUACCAUCUCUACAGCCUGCUUCAUUUGGUCGCCUACGAUACGCUCGCAGUAUGCAUACCGACAUCCCGAAGCGCCGGAGACGACGGUGCGAUUCAACGACUUCCUGUUCGCAGCUCAUGGCGCGGUCAUGUGUGCUGUCAUAUAUUCGCAGUUCUUUCCGCAGAUAUGGGGCUUUGCGGUAGGCCGCACACAGAGACUCAGUCAGGCGGUACUAGGCAUAUUUUGGGGACUUGUGGCGGGAGUGGUGCUUGUGACAUUCAUGGCUGUCUUUGUGGGCAGGAAUCGUGGCUAUGAUGCGAGCGACUGGGCUUGGAUCGAUGUGAUUUAUGCUCUAGGGUACGUCAAGCUUACGACUGUGCUCCUCAAGUACAUCCCGCAGGCGUGGGUGAACUAUAAGCGCAAGUCUACUGUCGGUUGGAGCAUAUACCCGAUGCUGCUUGACUUCGCCGGGGGCUGGUUAUCGCUAGCACAGCUGAUCAUUGACUCUGCCUUGCAGAACGAUUGGACUGGCAUAACUGCAAACCCUGUCAAGUUUGGUCUGGGCAACAUCACUAUCGUCUUUGACAUCAUAUUUUUCCUUCAACACUACGUCUGGUAUCGAAAUGCUGAAAAGCAAACACUCGAUGACGAGAUGGGCGACGACCACACAUGGGUACCUGAGCGGGAACGACUUGUAUCGAAUGAACCAGUUCGCGCACACUAGGUCAUGGCAUACCGGCAGGUCCCGAAGCCUGACUCCGGUCGCAUAUUAUGGGUCCCAAUGAUGUAGCUAGAGCAAAUUUACCAUGCCAUACAAGGACGCUGGGCCUUGAUGGGAACGCG